CCCUUCUCCAUCCCCACACCUGGUCCUCACUCUGCAGCCCUCAAUUCAGUCUCUCCUUGGAAGCGACAUCAUCAGAGGUAAAGAGCAAGCAUGCCUACAGAGCGGUUUGACUGCCAUUACUGCAAGGAGUCCUUGUUGGGAAAUAAAUAUGUCAUGAAGGAGGAUACUCAGUACUGCACUAAGUGCUAUGAGAACUUGUUCUCCAAUUGCUGUGAAGUGUGCUCUCUGCCUAUUGGGUGCAACUGUAAGGAUCUGUCCUAUAAGGAUUGCCACUGGCAUGAGCAGUGCUUCAAGUGUGCCAAAUGCAGCCGCCCUCUGGUAGAAAAGCCCUUUGCAGCUAAGGAUGAACAACUUCUCUGCACAGAGUGUUACUCCCAUGAGUACUCCUCCAAGUGCUCCACCUGCAAGAAAACCAUCAUUCCAGGUUCCCGCAAAAUGGAGUACAAGGGGAACAGCUGGCAUGAGACCUGCUUCCUGUGCCACCGCUGCCAGCAGCCAAUAGGAACCAAGUCCUUCAUCCCCAAAGACAACGGCUACUUCUGUGUGUCCUGUUUUGAGAAGCAAUUUGCCUAUCAGUGCUGUGCCUGUAAAAAAGCCAUCACGACCGGUGGGGUGACCUACAACGACAAACCCUGGCACCGUGAGUGUUUCCUGUGCAUCGGCUGUAAGAAGCAGCUAUCAGGACAGCGUUUCACCUCCAGAGAGAACUACCCCUACUGCCUGGACUGCUUUAGCAACCUCUAUGCCAAGAAGUGUGUGGGUUGCACCAAACCCAUCACCAGUCUGGCAGGAGCCAAGUACAUCUCUUUUGAGGAGCGCCAGUGGCACAGCGAGUGUUUCACCUGUAUGCAGUGCUCCGUGUCUCUAGUGGGCCGUGGCUUCCUCACCCAGCGUGACGACAUCCUGUGCACCGACUGCGGCAGAGAGAAGUGACCUCACUGGGGAGAUCGCAACCAUAUGACCUUUUAACAAUCCAGCACAGGUCACACCACACUCGAACCAUACUACAGCAUAUUCUGAAACACCACACCAAAACCCUACCCAGCGAGAAGUGACCUCAGCAGAUGGUCACUAUAUUGACCUUUAUAUCGUUCUAUUGUUGUUUCAGUGUUGUGACGUUUGUGAGGAGAGGAGCCUGUAGCUUCCCCCUUCAAGAGUAGUAAUAGAAUCUUAUGACAUGUUAAAUGUAUGAUUUACAGAAUAACCUCACUUGUGAUAAUCUAAAUGACAAAGGGAUGUACUUGACACCAAUUAAUUUGUCUGCACAUUAGUCUUUGCUGCUUGCAUGUUUUAUGUUGUCAUCAUUAUUCAAAUCAAAGUAAUAGUAGUUUAAAUAAGGUGACAAUCUAAAUUGAGUGGUUCAUUUUUUGUUCAAAUCUAAAUUCAGACCUAGAUUUAUGAAUACAUCUGUGAUGUUAAAU